AUGCAGAGCGUGUUCUACCCCGACGAAAGGAUCCUUGAACGGUACGACAUUAAAGGGUGUCAGGUGAAUCGCUGGACAGAGCCCGCCCCCGAGGGCAGCCAAGUCAUCGUGGUGCUGAAGGAUCUCAACUUUGAAGGAAAUUCCAUCCACCUGGGUCAGCAGCGUUCCUGGCUCCUACGCCAGGUGCAGCUGGACACGCAGUUCCUGAAGGAGCUGAACGUGCUGGACUACAGCCUGCUGGUGGCAUUUCAGCCCCUGCAUGCAGACGAAAAGGGCCAGAACCUGUCCUUCGCGGACAUCAUCUUCAGGACCACCAUCAGCUCCAAGUCUGACAGUGAUCUGGCCCGCAUCCUGGCCCAGAACCGACGCUUGCUGCCCCGAUGCAAGAGCCCUCUGCACUUGCUUGACGGCCCGGAGUUCCGCUACUUCAUGGGCAUCAUUGACCUGUUCACCGUGUACAGCUUCCGCAAGAGGCUCGAGCACCUGUGGAAAUGCAUCCGGUACCGGGAUCAGACCUUCUCCACCGUCAGCCCCUCGGAUUACGCCAGGCGCCUCUGCCAGUGGGUGGAAUCACACACUGUAUGA